AUGGAGAAACAUCGGGGGCUACGCGUCACCACAUGGAAUGUCAACGGGAUUAGGAACCCAUUUGGUUACCAACCAUGGCGUCAAGAGAGGACAUUCACGGCGAUGUUUGAUAUCCUUGAGGCCGAUAUUGUGAUCAUGCAGGAAACCAAGAUUCAACGGAAAGACUUGAGAGAUGACAUGGUUCUUGUUCCCGGCUGGGACGUUUAUUUUAGCCUUCCAAAACAUAAGAAGGGAUAUUCAGGAGUUGCAAUAUACACGCGAAACUCUGUCUGCGCCCCUAUUCGAGCUGAAGAAGGCAUCACAGGAAUUCUGGCUCCUCCGAACUCUUCAACAAGUUUUCGUGAAUCCCCAGAGGACCAACAGAUUGGUGGCUACCCAACCGCGAUUCAAUUAUCCGAUUGCGAUCUCGACGCCGCCACCCUCGACUCCGAGGGUCGUUGUGUCAUUCUCGAAUUCCCGGCAUUUGUUCUCAUUGGCGUAUAUUGCCCUGCCACCCGCGAUGAGAGCCGAGAUGAUUUUCGCCUUGGAUUCCUCAAUGCUCUUGAUGCUCGCGUUCGCAAUCUCAUUGCUGCUGGUAAACGAGUUAUCUUAACAGGUGAUUUGAACAUCAGCCGAGAGGCGAUUGACAGUGCCAAGGCCGAAGAGGAACUGAAGAAGCAGGGUUUGGGAAGCGAACAUUUUGUAUCCACGCCAUCAAGGCGUAUACUGAAUCAACUAUUGCUUGGCGGGAAGGUGAUCGGUGAUCGGGAUGACGGAAGAGAAAGCCCAGUCAUGGUAGAUAUCUGCAGAAGAUUCCAUCCAAAUCGCAGAGGAAUGUUUACCUGUUGGGAACAGAGGACCAAUGCACGCCCGGGUAACUUUGGUGCUCGGAUUGACUACGUUCUUUGCAGCCAGGAUAUGUUGAAUUGGUUUGACGAUUCCAACAUACAGGAAGGUCUGAUGGGUUCUGAUCAUUGCCCGGUGUACGCCGUCUUCAAAGACAAGGUGGAAACAGAUGGAUCGGAAAUUGAUAUCAAAGAUAUCAUGAGCGCUGAUAUGUUUAAGGGAGGAAUCAGACAGCGGGACUGGUCUGCCAAAGACCUGCUUCCAACAUCAGCGAAGCUUAUACCAGAAUUUGACCGUCGCCGAAGCAUUCGCGACAUGUUUAGCAAGAAGCCUUCGUUACUUACAUCAGAAAGCUCUGGUUCAAAUACCGAUUUGACCCUUAAGCAGGGAACAAGACAGUUAGCUGAAGAAGCGCGCGAAGACAAAAGCAACGCUGAGAGCGACCCAGUCACCGCAUGCGAACCCAUGCUCAUUAAUAUCCCGUCCAAACCUCAAGCGUCACAUCCAGCUAGUCUUGUGAAAACCAAUGCCAAACGACCAGGUGAAUCACACAAUGGUGCAGCCCGAGCCCUGAAGCGCGGUAAAUCUGGAAAUUUCUCCCCGGGCAAGGCUCAGUCUGGGAAGGGGCAAAGCAGUCUCAAGGGAUUCUUCAAACCAAAGACACCGCAACCAAGCGCUCAGGCAAAUAGCCAAGGAGGUUUGGCUAAUACAGACCCAGAUAUAGCAAAUGCAUCGCUUGAAACGUCCAGUAGCCUUUCUGUAGAGCCAGUUAUGGGAAGCAUGGAUGGCGCUUUAAGCGUUGCGAGUGGUUUAACACCCAGCAAAGAAUUCGACCCCUCCCAACAGGAAGAUGUCGUCGACCCAAUUGUUGCUAAAGAGAGCUGGUCCAAACUAUUAGGAAAGCGCGUUGUCCCUCGAUGCGAUCACGAGGAGCCAUGCCGUAGCCUCGUCACAAAGAAGGCAGGCAUGAACUGUGGUAGGUCAUUUUAUUGCUGCUCGCGGCCACUGGGACCUUCGGGUCAAAAUGAGAAGGGCACGGAGUGGCGGUGCUCGACGUUUAUUUGGAGUAGUGAUUGGACUGGCGAUGAUACAUGA